CCAGCUUCAUGCUUAGGCGGGAUUGGAGGGGACAGGGACACCUCUCACUGUUUUCAUAAGAGGCACCUGGCUACCCACACCGCUUAAGAGGCACCGCUCACAAACCACCUCAGGGAACUCCUUGGGGGCGGGGAUAGAAGGAAGGAAGAAAACACCCUGGGGGUAGAGAGUGCAGGGUUGGGGAGGGAGGGAACUAGAGCACAGCAGGGGAGACAACCUGAGCCGACGCGGGCAGCCAGAGUCUUCCAGAGCCCAAAAUGCUGAGGACAUCCACUCCUGGGGGUGCUCUGAGCAGCUGGGCCCUCAGACUCCCUACUUCUUCUGGCAUCUUCCACCUCUGCCUCACAUUCUGGUUGGGCCAGAUGGGCUUGCUGCAGGGACACCCCCAGUGCCUGGAUUAUGGGCCCCCCUUCCAGCCCCCGGUGCACCUCGAGUUUUGCUCAGACUACGAGUCUUUCGGCUGCUGUGACCAGCACAAGGACCGCCGCCUCGCUGCUCGGUACAAGGACAUCAUGGAUUACUUUGAUCUCAGGGGCCAUGAGCUGUGUGGGGGCUAUAUUAAGGACAUCCUCUGCAGGUAGGCCUGAGAGUGCUCGCCCUAUGCCGCUCAUCUCUACGAUGCUGAGAACCCUCGGACGCCCCUCCGGAACCUUCCUGGCCUCUGCUCUGACUACUGCUCCGCAUUCCAUUCCAGCUGUCACUCUGCCAUCUCCCUACUGACCAAUGACCGUCACCUGCAGGGCUCACAUGAAAAGGAUGGUGCCCAUUUCUGCCACCUCCUCAACCUUCCUGACGAGGACUAUUGCUUCCCUAAUGUCCUGAGGAAUGACCAUCUCAACCGCAACCUGGGUGUGGUGGCCGAGGACCAGCAGGGCUGCCUGCAGCUCUGCCUGACCGAGGUGGCCAAUGGGCUGAAGAACCCGGUCUCCAUGGUCCACGCUGGGGACGGCACCCAUCGCUUCUUUGUGGCUGAGCAGGUGGGCGUGGUAUGGGUCUACCUGCCUGAUGGGAGCCGCCUGAAACAACCCUUCUUGGACCUCAAGAAGAUCGUGUUGACUACUCCCUGGAUAGGGGAUGAGAGAGGCUUCUUGGGGUUGGCUUUUCAUCCCAGAUUCCGCCGCAACCGGAAGUUCUAUAUUUAUUAUUCAUGUCUGGGCAAGAAGAAGGUAGAAAAGAUCCGAAUUAGUGAGAUGAAGGUUUCUCGGGCUGAUCCCAACAAAGCUGACCCCAGAUCAGAAAGAGUCAUCUUGGAGAUAGAAGAACCAGCCUCAAAUCAUAAUGGCGGACAACUUCUUUUUGGUGUGGAUGGCUACAUGUACAUUUUCACUGGGGACGGAGGACAGGCUGGGGAUCCCUUUGGCAAGUUUGGGAAUGCUCAGAACAAAAGCUCCCUGCUGGGGAAGGUGUUACGGAUCGACGUGAACAGGGCAGGCUCAGACAGCAGACCUUACCGAGUGCCCCCGGACAAUCCUUUUGUGGCCGAGCCAGGGGCCCACCCUGCCGUGUAUGCCUACGGGGUCAGAAACAUGUGGCGCUGUGCCGUGGACCGAGGGGAUCCCGUCACACGCCGGGGCCGAGGCCGGAUGUUUUGUGGGGACGUGGGACAAAAUAGGUUUGAAGAAGUUGACAUCAUUGUGAAAGGCGGGAACUACGGCUGGAGGGCCAAGGAAGGGUUUGAGUGUUACGACAGGAAGCUUUGUCACAAUGCCUCUUUGGGUGACAUUCUGCCAAUCUAUGCUUAUGGUCAUGCAGUGGGGAAGUCAGUCACUGGAGGAUACGUCUACCGUGGGUGUGAAUCCCCAAAUCUCAAUGGCCUCUACAUCUUUGGGGACUUCAUGAGUGGUCGACUUAUGGCUUUGCAGGAAGAUAGGAAAACCAAGAAAUGGAAGAAACGGGACAUUUGCCUUGGCAACACUGCAUCCUGUGCCUUCCCAGGGCUGAUCAGCACCUACAGCAAAUUUAUCAUCUCUUUUGCUGAAGACGAAGCAGGGGAGCUCUACUUCCUGGCCACCGCCUACCCCAGCGCCUAUGCUCCGCAUGGAUCGAUUUACAAAUUUGUUGACCCAUCGAGGCGAGCACCCCCCGGCAAGUGCAAGUACAAGCCAGUGCCGGUGCAAACCAAGAGCAAGCGUGUCCCGUUCAGGCCGCUCGCCCAGACCGUCUUGGACUUACUAAAGGAGCAGUCGGAGAAAGCUGCUAGAAAAUUCUCCAAUGCAACUUUAGCCUCCAGCCCAGAGCGGGCGUCGUCUCAGAAAGGCCCCUCCAAGGAGCCAGCUUCUCCCACCAGCAGCAGGAAGGCGUCUCAAAGGCCUGGUAGCAAGAAGAGAGCCAGAGUGUUGUCCCCAGGCCCCCAGGGCAAGAGGAAGCCAAGCCCGAAACCCCCCAGGGGCCGGGUCCAGCCGUCAGCACAGCCAAGGCGAGCUGGCAGAAGUCUCCCUCGGCCUCUUCUGUUAGGGUGGCUGACCAGGGCACGUGCCAGGGGAGAACCACAUCGCCGCGUGGAAGCUGCUCGUGGGGCUGCUGAACGUUGGCAUUAGCUGAAUGGGAGGCAGAGCUGGAGGUGGGGCAGGUAGAGGGAACUUGACUUAGGGCCGGAGCACUUGUCCUCUCUGCAGGAAUCUUGCUAUCUAAAUGGAGGGGUGCUCCUUCUCUGCUUCUGCAGAGGCAUCGGAUCCCACAGCGCCAGGGUGCUGGGCUAACCUCGGGCAGUGGUUAGCCUUGGACUCCCACUGCACCUUCUCUUAUUUCAUAAAUGCCUACAACUUUAAGGUAAUAAAUCAAUAUUUGCUCCAUCGGUCCUGUAUCCUUUGAUCUUUUGGAUGUUCGCCUGGCAUUAAGAAAUCUGGUGUGCUUCUACAGUUUGCCUAAGAGCCCUGUUUCACUCUCUUGCCUCUUCCCAGCUCCAGGAGGAAGCCUGUAGAGACA